UACAAAAGAGAAGUAUUUGGAAUUUAAGAAUUAUCGAUACAUACGAAAGUGAGGUAUCAAAACAAGACUCAGAAUCGUUUUAGGAGAGAAUUAUCGAUACAUACUCCGCCACGGCUUGAUCAGUAGUAUACUCUUCGGAAUUAAAGCUUCCUCGGACGAUUCAGGUUGCUUUUUGGGUGUGAAGAGGAUCACUUGUUGCUUCGUUUGAUCCUGGAGAGUCGGAGUUUCGUGUUUUAGGGUUCAAGCAGGUGUCCCUCUGCAGCUUGCGUGUUGUGUAUACGCAGGGAGAUGGAGAACAACCACUCGCCUCCUCUCUUUAGUUCGUUUCUUCCCACCUCUCAACAGUCUCUCCUCGAGAGGCUUUCCUUUGUUGGGGUUCCUAAAGAAUGCUGCUCAAAACGUGGCCUAGUGGAGUUCGUUAGAGCUAACCAGUCCAUGACCUCAGAGAUAGUCUCUGCUCUCUUACCUACUGAUGAGGAUGUUAAAGCUGGACUGAAGGAAGCUAGGCAAAAGUUUCGCAGUCCUACCAUGAAAAAGAGAUUCAAGGACAGCAUGCACUGGCUGCAGUGGUUGAUGUUCCAAGAUGACCCUGCUGUUUCUUUGAAGAAUCUGGCAAUACUCAAUGUUGAUCAGCGAGGUGUCUGUGGCUCCGUUUGGGGGCACAAUGAUAUAGCGUAUAGGUGUAGGACAUGCGAGAAUGACUCAACUUGUGCAAUCUGCGUGCCUUGUUUCGAGAAUGGUAAUCACAGCUCCCACGAUUAUUCCAUUAUCUACACAAGCGGUGGUUGUUGUGAUUGCGGGGAUGAUACAGCAUGGAAACAAGAAGGUUUCUGUUCAUAUCAUAAAGGUUCCCAACAGAUUCAACCCCUCUCGGGAAAUCUAGCAAAUUCAGUUGGGCCUGUCCUUGAUGCUCUUUUUACUUGUUGGAAUAACCAGCUCUUAUCUGCAGAAAGUAUUAAAGAUGCUAGAUCCAGCGAUGCUUCUGUACUACUCCAAAAGAUGUCAAACGAACUGACAUAUGUAGUGGUUGAAAUGCUUCUGGAUUUUUGUAAGUACAGUGAGAGUUUGCUAAGUUUCGUCUCUAGAAGGAUUAUCUCUUCAAGUGGUCUACUGGAUAUUCUCGUAAAGGCUGAGAGGUUCUUGGACCAAGUUGUUAUGGUGAAACUACAUGAUCUGUUCCUCAAAUUGAUAGGAGAUCCAGUCUUUAAGUUGGAAUUUGCAAAAGCAUUUGUGAGUUACUAUCCAGUUGUCAUAUGUGAAGCGGUUAAGCAGGGUACUGAUAGUGCAUUCAUGAAAUAUCCACUACUGUCUACAUUUUCUGUGCAAAUCCUCACGGUGCCAACUCUAACACCAUUUCUGGUGAAGGAGAUGAAUUUGCUAGCUAUGCUUUUGGGAUGCCUCAGUGAGAUCUUUCUUUCUUGUUCUGGGGAGGAUGGUGUGGUACAGGCUACGAAGUGGGAACGGUUGUGCAAGACAACUGACCGUGUCAUUGACGACUUGAAAUUUGUUAUGAGCCAUGCUGUGGUUUCCAAGUAUGCAACACAUGAGCAUCGGGAGUUGUCAAGAUCAUGGUUGAUACUCUUGACCUUUGCUCAAGGAAUGAAUCCUCUAAAAAGAGAGACUGGAAUCCAUAUUGAAGAGGAAAAUGAAUUCAUGAAUUUUUUCUUUGUUUUGGGUCAUUCAAUAGCUGUUAUUCACUCUCUUUUGGUUACUGGUACAUAUUCUGCUGCCGGUGAUGAAAAUGAAGAUGGAAAUGAAGAAAGGUAUGCAAAAGUUGGGAGAUUGUCUCAUGAAGAUUCGGUAUGUCCUGCGAUGGUAAGCAGCAGCUCAUUUGAUAGCUGGAGGGCCUCUCAAGUCCACAAAACUGACCCUUUCUGUGCUCUGCUUCCUUCUUCUUCCAUAUGGUUGAUACGUGAGUGUUUGAAAGUUCUGGAGACAUGCCUAAGAGACGAUGAAGGUAUAUCAAAAUUUCUUUGCAAGUUGUUUUCUCCUAGCGGUAGAAACAUCCCUGGCAGCAAGAUCUCAUGGCCAAGCAGAAAAUUGUUAAAGGUCGAAACUGGAAGAAGUGUAUCUACUGGUCUUGCCAGUUCCAGUAGAGAUACUGGCUUAUCACCUCUAUGCCGAGAUAUACAAACAAAUCUUAGCUUGGAUGAUUUUGGUGGAUUUAAUGGGGAGGUUCAGACUGAUGUUACGGCAUACUCUAGGAGAGUUUCUUGCAACUCUUCCGAUCCGGUGAAGAAUGCAUCAGAAGUAAACAUGCUUGGUAUGUGUGAUUGGCCGGACAUCCACUACGAUGUAAGCUCUCAGGCCGUAUCAAUUCAUCUACCUAUACAUCGGUUACUAUCUUUGCUCAUACAAAAAGCAUUAGGGAUGUGUUAUGGAGAAUCUGCAUUGCACCAUGGAGUCAGUGUUAGUCAUGAGACCCCUCAUACCGACUUCUUCAGAUAUGUGUUAGGAGAUUUUCAUCCUCAUGGAUUUUCCGCUCUUGUUAUGGAGCAUGUGGUCCGGCUUAGGGUGUUCUGUGCCCAAGUUAUUGCUGGAAUGUGGAAGAAGAAUGGGGAUUCUGCACUAGUAUCUUGUGAGUGGUAUCGGUCAGUUCGUUCAGUUCGCUGGUCAGAACAGGGUCUUGAGCUUGAUCUAUUUCUUCUACAGUGUUGCGGUGCGUUGGCUCCCGCAGAUUCUUAUGUUAAUACGCUUCUUUGUCGAUUUGGGCUCUCGAGCUAUCUUUCGCUAAACCCCGACAUAACAAAUGAGUAUGAAGCAGUUUUGGUCCAAGAAAUGCUUGCUCUUCUGAUACAGAUUCUGCAAGAAAGGCGAUUUUGUGGUCUUUCUACUGCUGAAAGUUUGAGAAGAGAGAUCAUCUUCAACUUAGCCACUAAAGAUCUCACUCAUAGUCAAUUGGUCAAAUCUUUACCCCGUGAUUUGUCCAAGUCGGAUGAGCUCCAGGAGGUCUUAGACGAAGUUUCAGUCUUUAGUAAUCCAUCCGGAAUGAACCAGGGAAAGUAUUCACUGCGGUCAUCUUGUUGGAAGGAAUUGGAUCUCUACCACCCUCGUUGGCAUUCGAGAGAAUUGCAAUCUGCAGAAGAAAGGUUUUCACGCUAUUGCGGAGUGUCUGCGUUGACCACUCAACUUCCUAGAUGGAAGAGGAUCUUUCCGCCUCUAAAGGGUCUUGCUAGAAUAGGCACUUGCAAAGCCACGUUUCAAAUCAUUUGCGCUGCUUUGUACUACGCACUACAGAGUGGCACAUCUAUUAAAUCACGCGCUCCUGAUGGCGUUCUCAUAAGUGCACUGCACUUACUCUCGUUGUCAUUGGAUAUUUGCACUCAGCAAAGAGAAUCUAAUCUUCAGGCUUGUUACGUAGAAGAUUCAAUUCCGAUUCUCGAAUUAGCUGGUCUGGAGAUAAUUGGUAUAAAUCAAGGGACUGGAAACCAAAGUUUGUUGUCUCUUCUUGUUUCACUAAUGAGGAAUCGUAAAGACGAUGGCCUCCAUCAAUUCCCAGAGGCAGGCAGUUGCAAUAUUUCGUCCUGGAUUCGAAAUCUACUGAAGAAGUUGAGUGCAAUUGAUGCUGUUUGUAUGAACCUAUUGCAAAGUCUUGCCCCGGAGGCGGUCGGUCAGUCUGGGUUUGAUAAAGUCACAUCAGGCUCUGCUUCUGACGAGAAACGCAAGGCUAAAGCUAGAGAGAGGCAGGCUGCUAUUAUGGCAAAAAUGAAAGCUGAACAAUCAAAAUUCUUGUCUACCUUGAGUUCCAGCAUGGAUGGCGAUGAUCCAAGAUCUGAAACUGAAAAAAGUGAUUCUGUGAUGGAACAAGAUUCAGAAAUUGCUGUUCGUGAAGUUUGCUCCCUCUGCCAUGACCCAGAUUCCAAAGACCCGGUUUCUUUCUUGAUUUUUCUCCAGAAAUCUAAACUUGUGAGUUUUGUCGAUAGAGGCCCUCCGUCUUGGGAUCAAUGUCCACGGUUCGAGAAGACGAUUCCCGUGUCUGGAUCUACUAAUGUGCUACAAUUAUCAGAUGAUGCAAGCUCUGAGUCUACUACUGACUCUGUGCUUGAAGCGUUAACAGCCCCGCUUGUAGAGAAAGGUCUGAAGGAGAAGAGGUCUAGCGAUGGGAGGGGAAAAGAUGAAUUUGACGCUGAAUCAUUGGAGAUGGCUAUGUAUCAAACUGUACGCAAAAAAAUUGACAUGAUAAAUCAAAGCCUUACACAUGUAGAUCAUCAACGGCAUGAUGCUGAAAGUAGUUCGGGGAGAAAUUCUGUUGGUGCUCUAUCUACUUUGCAAGUUAGAUCACCUGAUAAUCGAGCAAGACAAACCUCCAGACAUCCGGAUGUCAGUUUAGAUGGGUUUCACCCUACCGACUGUGACGGGGUUCAUCUUUCAUCAUGUGGACAUGCUGUGCAUCAAAGCUGUCUUGAACGAUAUUUAAAGUCCUUAAGGGAAAGGUCUGAGAGAAGAAAUAUAUUUGAAGGUGCACAUAUAGUGGAUCUUGUACAGGGAGAAUUUCUCUGUCCUGCAUGCCGCCGACUAGCUAAUUCUGUAUUGCCUGCAUGUCCUGGAGAUUUAUGUUCUGUCUCAAAGCUACAAGAAAGUUCGCUUGCUAAGUUAGGUGGAUCAGAUGCGCAGAUGCCUUCUCGUUGGCUCUCUAAAGCGUUGUGUCUUCUGCAAUCUGCUGCAGAUGUGAUUGAAGAUGGUGAUAGUGUUAAAAAAGUUUCUCUGCAGGGAGAUGAGCCAAGAAGGAAAGAUCUAGAAUCUGUCUCUAACAAGCUCUGGAAUUUCUAUUUUUCUAAGCGACAGGAAAAACCUCCGGGAACUUCUUGGCUACAACAAUCAAUCCUCAUGUGGGACACCCUUAAGUACUCUCUUGUUUCAAUAGAAAUUGUUACUCGUUGUGCAAAGAAUUCGAUGAGUCCUGUGUAUUGUAUUGACUCCUUGUAUGAAGAGUUCAAAACUUCGAAGGGGACAGCUUUGUCACUCUUAUUACGAGUGGUACAGAGCACCCGAACAAAGAGUGCUUUACAUGUUCAACAGAGAUUUAUGGGUAUGAAGCAUCUUGCGGAGUCUAUAUGCUCUGGAGUUUCAAGUACUUCUUCGAGCAGCAUAGUUGGAAGUGAAGGAACAGUAGGUUCAUUGAAGGAUAUACACCUGCUCUGGAAUCGAGCAUCUGAUCCUGUUCUUGCCCAUGACCCAUUUUCAUCAUUGAUGUGGGCUCUCUUUUGUCUUCCAUCUCCUUUUAUCACAUGCGAAGAAUCUCUAUUAUCACUUGUGCAUAUUUUCCACAGUGUCUCUCUUGUCCAGACUGUAAUCGCCUAUUGUGCAGGUUGCCUGCGUGACUUGAGAGAGUUAGAUUUUGAGGAAAAUCUGCUUAGGGACAUCUCUAUGGCUUUGAGAGAAUCAGGUGGUUGGAGAGAAUCAGGUGGUUGGGGAUAUUUCAGGUCUGAAAAUAUGGAUUUAUCGAGUGAUAUAAAAGAAACAAUCCGUAAAUACAGUCUUCCUUUCUUGAGGAGAUGUGCAUUGUUGUGGAGGCUACUGAAAACUAGUUCUGGGAAGUUUCAUGAAGAGGUAGAUAUGUUUGAUGUUCCGUCUGACUCCACCUGCGACAGUAUGGACUUCAUGUAUGAUCCGAAAUCUGAGCUGAAUCAUGUGUAUGAACUGGAGAAAAUGUUCAAGAUUCCCCCUAUUGAUACCACUCUUAGUGAUGAGCUUCUCCGGUCUUCAACACAAAAGUGGCUUCAUCACUUUCAGAAGGAAUACAACGUUAGCAGAGUAAAAGGGCCCCUUUGCAUAAGCCCUGUAGUUCCUUUCCAGCUUAUGAAAUUACCCAAUUUAUACCAGGAUCUACUGCAAAGGUGUAUUAAAAAACGUUGCAGCAACUGCACGAAAGUUAUAGAUGAACCUGCAUUAUGUCUUCUUUGUGGAAUGUUGUGUUCUCCCAUAUGGAACCCUUGUUGCAGAGAAAUUAGUUGUCAGACGCAUGCAGUAACUUGUGGUGCUGGUAUCGGUGUAUAUCUUCUGAUACGGCGGACCACAAUUUUUUUACAAAGAUUUGCAAGACAAUCACCUUGGCCGUCUCCGUACUUGGAUACGUUUGGAGAAGAGGAUAUCGAAAUGAUCAGAGGAAAACCACUAUACCUGAAUGAAGAGCGUUAUGCUGCAUUAACUUACAUGGUUGGUUCUUAUGGACUGGAUCACAUUUCGAAAGUUCUCAAUCAAACUACAGUCGGAGGAGCCUUCUUCACUUGAGAGACGAAAGUUCUUUCUUUCCAUCCUUGUUCUCUGUGUGUAAUUUGCAUAUGCUGCUUUUAAGAUUCUGAUGAUUUCUCGUAAAAAAAGAAUUUCUCACUUUGUUUGGUUGAUUAGGGAGAUGCCAUCAGGUUUGCAAAUCAGAGUAUUUUUCUUUGCUUUUGAAUGGCUUAUUUUCUCAAAA